AUGCCGCCGCCGGAGAGCUCGCAUCGUUUCGAGUUCGGCAUCAAGGAAGGCUGGAAGCUCAUGGACAAGGCGCUCUUGUCCAUGCGCCGCGGUGAACAUUGCGAGGUCCUCGUGGACGCCGCCUUGCUGCGCCAGGGGGCGCCGAGUCAGCUGCUGCCGGCAGCUGUGGAAGGCGAUGCUUCCUGGAUCCUCGAGCUCGAGCUUCGAGAGUUUAUCGAAGUCUCGGACAUCUCGUUUGAAAAGGACGGUAGCGUCCAGAAGCGAUCUCUCCGAUGCCGGGACGAUUGGGCUUCUUGGCAACUGGCUGACGACGGGCGUCUGGUUGCGAUGAGAGCAGUGACUGUCAAGGAUGCCAGGGGAGCGCAGAUGUGUGCCGACGCAGCGCUCAGCUUCCGAGUUGGUGUCGGCGAGGUGUGCGAUGCCCUCGAGAGCGCGGUGUGUUCGAUGAAAGAGGGGGAGAUCGCGGAGUUCGCUGUUAGCGACUCACAGCUUUGCCUUGAGAAGCUUCUUGGUUCACAGGACCUUCCCGAAGGUGGAGCGCUUCUUCGCCUCCAUCUCGAGUCGGUGGACCGGAGAGACGCUGUGACGCCGCCACCGGGCGACGAGGGCAAGCUUGAGGUGUUGACCAGCCGCAAGUCUGCUGCAACCGAGCUCUUCAAGGCUGGUCGAUAUCGUUUGGCGGCGCAUCGUUUUCGGCUUAUCUACGAGCAGCUGGGCUACAUCGACGACUUCCGCGGUGUCCGCGGGGGCGAAGGACGGCAGAAACAAGUCGGCGAGCUGAAAAAGGCUUGCCUACUCAACCGCGCGCUCUGCUUGAACAAGGCGGGCUACUUCAAACGAGCCGUGCAGGCUUGUGACCUCGUGCUCGACAUGGAACCUUCCAACGAAAAAGGUCUCUUCCGCCGCGCAGAAGCCUUCCUCGGUUUGGAUGAUUGUGCAUCCGCGCUGCGAGACAUUAAGGUGCUUCCGGGUGCCUCAAGAGAGCUGACACAGCUCCGAGACAAGGUGAGGAGGCGGCAAAAGCAACUGGACUCCGAUGCCCAAGAGCUCUUUGCCAAGAUGUGCGGUGGCCUUGGGCAGCUGCCUCACCCGCUUGACGUCGACUGA